AUGUUGGUACUCUCAUAUGGUUCAGUAGUAGAAAUCAGGUUUACUCGGGACAGUGGACUAUUGACCCGUGUGAUUGCUGGGAUAUUUUGUCGCAAGUUUGAUGGCCCUUUCUAUAGCUGGACGGUGACGCCCAUAUCACAUCAAGAGCUAUAUUUUCGAACUUUUGUGGGGAAAUACAAUUGA